AUGGAUCCCCACGACGCCUUCCUCGCCGCGCACCCGUUCCGGUGGGACCUCGGCCCGCCGGCUCCGGCAGCCGUGCCCCCUCCUCCUCCACUGCCCAUGCCUCAAACUCCCGCGCUGCCUCCGGCGAACUCGCCGAGGGAGCUGGAGGAUCUCGUGGCCGGGUACGGCGUGCGCGGGUCCACGGUUGCGCGAAUCUCCGAGCUCGGGUUCACGGCCAGCACGCUCCUGGUCAUGACGGACCGCGAGCUGGACGACAUGACGGCCGCGCUCGCCGGCCUGUUCCGCUGGGACCUGCUCAUCGGCGAGCGGUUCGGCCUGCGCGCCGCGCUGCGGGCAGAGCGCGGCCGCCUGAUGGCACUGCAUGGGGGCCGACACCACGGUCACCAGUCCGGCAGCACCAUCGACGGCGCCUCCCAAGAAGUGUUGUCCAACGAACGGGAUGGGGCGGCGAGCGGCGAGGACGACGCCGGCAGGAUGAUGUUAUCGGGCAAGAAGCUGAAGAAUGGAUCGGUGGCGAGGAAGGCCAAGAAAGCAAGGAGGAAGAAGGUGGACGGGCUCCGGCUGGACCACAUGCAGGAGGACGAGCGCGAGGACGGCGGCGGCCGCUCGGAGUCAACGGAGUCGUCGGCUGGCGGAGGCGGCGGCGUUGGAGGGGAGCGGCAGCGGGAGCACCCGUUCGUGGUGACGGAGCCCGGGGAGGUGGCGAGGGCCAAGAAGAACGGGCUGGACUACCUGUUCCAUCUCUACGAGCAGUGCCGCCUCUUCCUGCUCCAGGUGCAGUCCAUGGCCAAGCUGCAUGGCCACAAGUCUCCAACCAAGGUGACGAACCAGGUGUUCAGGUACGCGAGCAAGGUGGGGGCGAGCUACAUCAACAAGCCCAAGAUGCGCCACUACGUCCACUGCUACGCGCUGCACUGCCUCGACCAGGAGGCCUCCGACGCGCUGCGCCGCGCGUACAAGGCCCGCGGCGAGAACGUCGGCGCCUGGAGGCAGGCAUGCUACGCGCCGCUCGUCGACAUCGCCGCCGGCCACGGCUUCGACGUCGACGCCGUCUUCGCCGCGCACCCGCGACUCGCCAUCUGGUACGUGCCAACCAGGCUCCGCCAGCUCUGCCACCAGGCGAGGAGCGCGCACGACGCCGCCGCCGCCAACGCCAACGGGGCCAUGCCGCCGCCGCCGCCCAUGUUCUAG